GUAAUAGAAAUAAAAUUAAAAAAAAAAAAAACAGCCUACCCCGAUACCUUUUUUCCCAUUCUCCUUCUCGUCUCUUUCUCUUCCCUUCGCCUUAGCCACCACUCCCGUAACCACCAUCAUCCUCAGCUCCGACCACCUAACCGCCAUCCUCCCAACCCUUUUUCUCUGAGCCAAGCUCCAAAUCUCAGGCACUCAUGAACCCAACUCCCGAACCAAGUGACCCCAGGUGCGAGCCCACCUCUGCGUGCCUUCGACCCAGUGCGACUUCCAUUCGCGAACCACCACCAGGCGCGAUUCUGCACUCAUUCCGCUGUAGAUCACCGAGUGUGCCCCAAGCGAGGGCCUAGAUUCCACAAACCCAGGCGUGCCUCCCCUUAAUGCGAGGCCAUGUGUGUCUCCAAGAAAACUCCUGCAUCGAGAGCUCCAUCGCACCCAGAAAAAAAUCGGCACCGACCCCAGCUUCGUGAGCUCCUGGAAGGAGUAGGUGGGAGUCCUAGAAUUAUCCGGAAGCUGUAGGAGAAGUCAAAUUUUCCUUCGUACAGUAGUAUAAAGAAGUGUUCAGUAUGGAUAUGGUGAUUUGAGCUUCAAGUGAAGGUGGUAUUUUUUUCCACGGGAAAUCUAGUAAACAGAAAUGGCUUUUGGGCCGUUGGUGUGGUAUUGUCGCCCUAUGAAAAAUGGAUUUUGGACUAAAGCAGUGGAGAAUGCCUUUGGUGCUUACACACCAUGUGGGGUUGACUCCUUAGUGGUGGUUGUUUCUCAUCUGGUUCUUCUAGGCCUGUGCUUAUAUCGAAUAUGGAGGAUUAAGAAAAAUGUUACAGUUCAACGGUUCUGUUUGAGGUCCAAUCUUUAUAAUUAUGCGUUGCCGUGUUUGGCUGCUUAUUCUGCUGCUGAGCCUCUGUUCAGAUUUAUAAUGGGAUUUUCAGUGCUAAAUUUGGAUGGGCUGCCUGGUCUUGCACCUUUUGAGAUAGUUUCUGUCAUAAUCGAGGCACUUGCUUGGUGUUCUAUGCUGGUUAUGAUUGGUCUAGAGACCAAAGUCUACAUCUAUGAAUUCUGGUGGUUUGUGAGAUUUGGAGUCAUGUAUGCUUUAGUAGGGGAUAUCGUAAUGCUCAAUCUCAUUCUUCCUUUGAAGGAAUUUUAUAGUAGGCCCUCUUUCGUGUACCCUCAAGGAAUGCUUUUACAUGUGUAAGAAAGGCUUGAUAAAAGAUAUGAUGACCAAGGGCUAGUUUUGAUAAUUUCCUUUGGUACUCUCUCUUGUGAUUGAUUUUUAGUUAAUACUUCAUAAUUAAUAGUGUAUUCACAAAAUUCAUGGCAAGGUCUUUAUUUGAAGAAGUUCAAUAAAUCCAAAUUUUGUUAGAAAAAGAUAUGUAUUGGAGAAAUGUAACACAAAUCCAAUCCAUUACAAAAGCUGAAUUUGGUUUCUCUUUUCAUGGACUUACUAAAUAAAAAUUGACAAGUUUUGGUGAUGGCAGUGUCUAUGUUUGAAGCAUUAGAAGUGGGAAAGAAGUAAUUCUAAAUCAUUUGUUAAAUAUUUACUAAUCUUGCAUCUGUAUAUACAUAUAUAUGUACUUAUUAAAUUUUUUUGUUUAAAUGAUAAUUUGACUGAUAUAUUUUACCAUUUAGACUAAAGUUUGUUGCCUAGUAAUUUUAGUAUUUCAUUUAUAAAUUCACUACAAAUUACUCUUGUAAUUGGUUUGCUGAUGUUUAAUUUUAUUUUAGUUAACUGUUUUAUAUUGAUUAGUUGCCAUUGUAUUUAUUGAUAUAAUUGCAAACACUAUAUUAUUGUGUAAUUCAGUGGUUGUUUUGUUUCUUCAAGAUUUGUUAUUGUUUCACUACAACAAUAAUGGCCUAAGUUUGUCAGGUAUGAAAGCCCUUGUGUUGUUUUUGUUUCUUCUAACAUCACUUAUUCACUUAUUAUGAAUCAUGAAUUCUUGUACACUCAAAAUCUUAAGGGUUGUCUUUAGAUCGGGAUAGGAUUUUGAUGGCUUGACUAAUUUAUUUUAGUCGAUAUCUUGGUUGCAUCCAACAUUAUGCCCACCUAAUUUCGUUGUACUUGUUAGGAAUCAAGCCUCGGACCUGGUCGUAUUCAGGAGUUUAGCCUGCUUAAUAGCAUAGUACCUGUUAAGAAUCAUACCUCGAACUUGGUUAUAUCUAGGGUUUCCUAGUUUUCUUCUAGGUUUUGUUUUGUCUUAGAAAUUUCCCAUCUUAGUUCGUAUUUAGAAUUAUUUUGAAAAUCUAUGCUUUGAAAAGUCGUUGAAUAAUAAAUUUUUCCAAAUUCUAUGUUUUUCCAUAUUCUAAAUUUCAAACUUUAUUCGAAUAUGCUAAACUCUUUUAAAAUCUCUCUUCUAUUAUGUGCCCCCAAAACGACUAGAACUUAUAAAUGGUUUAGGUCGCUUUUACGAAAUGAGCACGUGAUACUUUACAAUAAUAAGAUGACAACAUUGAUUACGUAAAAAUCCAAUUGUUAUUAAAAUGAAGUGACUUUUAUAGAUAAGCCUUACAUGGAACAAUAAUACCUGAAACAUUAAAAAAAAAACUAAAUUACUGAUAGUACUUUUUAAGGUGUAGGGAAUUCCAGGUCUAUGGAUUUAUCUCUCCAUUUAACCGAGCUUGCUUAAAGGUCCCUUCACGUAGAAUCUCCACAAUCUUGUAUGGUCCUUCCCAUUUCGGUCCUAACACACCAUCCUUAGGAUUUUUACUUGCCAACCAGAGAACUUAAUUACCAAGUCUGAGUCUACGUCCCUUUACCAUCAAGUUGAAGUAACGAGUGAUUUUCUCCUGAUAAUAGGCGAGCUGAAAUUGUGACGCUUCUCAUUUUUCCUCGAUCAGAUCAAGGGAUGCACUGAGUAGCUCGUGCUUUUGAUCUUGAUCAAAGUUUUUCUGACUAUGGGUCAUCACCAGUGCCUCAAUCAGGAGCAUAGCCUCACUUCCAAAGGUCAGAGAGAAAGGGGUAUGUUCUGUGGAGGUGCGAUGUGAGGUUCUGUAGGCCCAGAGUACUUGAGGGAGCUGUUCGUCCCAUAACCCUUGGCUUCAUCGAACCGCUUCUUUAAGCUCGCCUAUAGGUUUUUGUUUACAGCCUCAACUUUCCCAUUAGCCUGCGGGUACGCUACCAACGAAAAACUCUUUGUUAUGUCGUAUUUUUCACAAUAAUUUGUGAAGAGAUCACUAUUGAACUUAGUUUCGUUGUCAAACACAAUAUUCUUUGGGAGCCCAAAUCGGCAUAUGAUAUUCUUUAUGACGAAAUCCAGGACUCUCUUUGAGGUUAUGGUUGCCAAAGGAUCAACCUCAACCUAUUUCAUGAAGUAGUCGAUGGCAACAAUAGAAUAACGAAAUUCUCAUUUUCCUAUUGGCAAAGAACCAAUCAAGUCGAUCCCCCAUACUGAAAAUAACCAAGGGGAUGAGAUCAUGGUUAACUCAAUGGGCACUGCUCGGGCAAUUGUUGAGCGUUGGCAUUUGUCACAUUUCUGCACAUACAAGACCGAGUCCUUUGUCAGCAUAGGCCAAAAAUAGCCCUGUCUCAAUACCUUUAGAGCAAGGUUUUGCUCCCCAGAAUGGUCUCCGCAAAAGCCUUCAUGUAUUUCUCGCAAGAUAGUUUGUGAUUCCUUGGGUAGAUGUAGAGUCCAAGAACUUUACUUAGCUAGUUAGAUAGUAGUAUUAUAGUACUAAUAGUAUUAUCUUUAUGACUGUGGAUUUUUGGUUCAGAUCGGGAAUUAUUUGGACACUCAUAGUAGUACUUGUAGAUUUUCUAAGGUUAACCUAUAGUUUAAGAAUAUUAAUGUUAACCUAAGGUUUGAUUAAUAUGGCUGAUAUUGAGGAUAAUAUUUAUUAUACUAUAAGGUUUAGAUAAGAACCAAUAGGAUUUUUAGCACAUGUUAUGUAUGGGUGAUUAAGGAUUAAGUAUUUUUGAGGAUUAAAUUUAAUAAGGGAAAAGUUUGAAUGCUCUAAGGUCAAUCAGCAGCUUUGAAUACGUUUGAGGGCUUAGUCAAGGCUGUUUACUCAAUUUGAAUUAAGCUAAAAAUGUGUAAUUUCGUGUUUAAAUAAUCAGCGAAUGCCGAUAUAUCGCAGCUAUAGGGGGUGAUAUAUCGCAGCACGUAGAUACGGAAAACACGAAACGAUGCACGUUUGCCUCGGGCAUAAUGGUCCAGGCGAUAUAUCGCCUAUAGGGGGCGAUAUAUCGCCUCCUUCAGCAUAUUUUGAAUACUUUUGAAUUCGUUUUCCAUUCAACCAUUCAAACUUUUGAUAAGUCCAGCACCUUUUUGAACGAGUCUUCAGCCUCUGCUGAACGAUUAUUCAAAUUAUUUUCACCUAAAAAGCCAUUAUUUUUAUUCAAGUUAAAUUAAGUUCCUUUCAUUCCUAAACUCUAUAAAUAGGACCUAGUACCCAUCUAUUAUUCAUCUUUUUCUCUAAGUUCAGAGGCUGCAAGUUGCUAGGUGAGUGUGAGAGUGUAAACACUUGGGUGGGGAAAUCAUAAGCUUGAUCAUCAUAAGCUUAUCAAACACUUGGGAAAGUAAGGAUUUAUAGUAUUUCGGUUCGAGGUUUAGAUUGGUCUUACAAGUCUUCAAGGUAACCCAAACUCUAGUUCAUUUCUGUACUUUUUCUUUAAAGUUCUCAUAGUCUUCUACUUAUUCUAUCCUUAUUCUUAUUUUGGUUAGGAAAUCUAAGAACUCACACAUAAGUUUUGGUAAGUAUUUUCUCAAUGGUUUAGUCCUUCCAUUCCUUUCAUUUCUCUUCUUCACUAUACUCACUCUUUUUCAAAUGGUUCUUAGGAGUGUUCCAAAGUCCCACCUCUGUCCUCUUAUCCCGAUAUUUUGGUAAGGAAAAUAGGAUAGAAUCUAUAUGUUAUAUGCUUAUGUUAUCUUAUGUUUUUAUGUUAUGAAAUGUGUUAUGUUAUGUAUGUAUGUAGGCUUGGGCAUAUGACCCAUAUGACUAACAAGCCCCAAAUAGAUUAUGAGCAUAUGACCUGCUUAGCUAGUAGGACCCCACUAAUCUAAUGGGCAUAUGACCUGUUUAGUCUAUGGGACCCCAAGUAAUAAUGGCCAUUAUAGUAUGUGUAUGAUAUAAGUGUUAUGUUAUGUUUUUUAUGUUUCUUAUGAAAUUUAUGUAUAUGAACUAUGUGGUAGAUUUUCCUUGCUGGGCAUUAGGCUCAUUUCUUUUUGUUUAUAUGUGCAGGAAAAUAGCUAUAGUGGUGGGUAAGAUUCGUGGACGUUUGGGAAAUGUGUAUCGGUGAUGAAUGGAUUCAAGGAGUCGAGAGUUCGAUGUCGAGGAUGUAGUCUUUUAUUUAUGGUUUAUGUGUAAUUUUUCCGCACCCAUUUAUGUAAUUUCUUUUCAUUUCAAUUAAGAUAUGUUUUCUUUUUAAAACAAUGGGAUCCCAUAUCCUGCUUUGAGUUAUGUAAGUUUUAACAUUGGUUUUUACAAGUUUUUAAUAAAGUACGAUCUUUUUCA